AUGAGAAGGCCCAAUAUCUCCGAAACAAUCGACAUAGAUCUUGCCGAUCCACAUUUCUUUAAACCCUCGCAAAUUGAUAUCGUUCUUGGCAGCGAUCUAAUGCCACAAAUUCUUCAAGACGGUGUCAAACACAAUGUCUUCGGAAAUCUUUUAGCGCAAAAUUCCAUAUUCGGGUGGUAUCUAAGUGAACCCACCAAACGAGAAGUCAUUUCAUCGUAUCACACUCAUGUCGUUGAGGAUAGUGAAGACUUAAAUUCCCAACUCAAAAAAUUUUGGGAAAUCGAAGAGUUGCCCGAGCACCAUCCGCCAUCUGAAGAUGACGUUUUUUGUGAGAACCUUUAUCUCAACACCACAUACCGGCAAGAAGACGGGCGCAACGUUGUGCGUCUUCCGUUCAAGAGAACAUUUCCAUCGCAGCUCAAGCUGGGUCGUUCGCGCUCAAAAGCCAUGAGCCAAGCAUUUCGUAUGGAACAUACCCUUAACAAAAAUCCCGGCCUAAAAGAUGAGUACACGCAAGUACUUGAAGAAUAUCUAACUCUUAGGCAUAUGAAACCCACUCCGUCUGAAGAAAUCCAUGACAGCGGAACCUACUUGUCAUUUUAUUUACCUCAUCACUCGGGCAUCCGUGCCGAAAGCAAAACAACCAAAGUGAGAGUGGUAUUCAAUGCCUCCAAACCGUCCGAGACGGGACGGCCCAAGCUUACAAACCGAUUUGAUGGUUGUAAUACUAAAUUGGCGUCUCUAUAA